AUAGCAUGGAUUAUAGGAAGUUUAUGAAAGUUUUGUUGUUUUGGUUGGGUGUUUUUUGUGUCCGUCAGAGAUGCAGUGAUUUUUGUGGAAAAUAGUCGGGAAAUAGUGAAAAAAUUGGAGUAUUAGUGAAUUCUGAGGAUGAAGAAGAAAGGUGUUCAGCAGAGGAAAGAGCAUCAGAUUAAACUGAUGCAGGAUGCAAGAGCCAAGAAGAAGCGUCGAUUGGAAGCGGACUUAGAUUCUGAAGAAGAUGAACCUAAACCUCCGCCUAAGAAUAAGAGAAAAGCAGAAUUAGAGAAGUCUGAUGAGUCUUCCGGCGAGGAGAAAAAGACCGUCUCCCGGUCUGGGAGGGUAAUCAAGAAGAAAACCUACUUCGAUGAUGAUGAUGAUCUUGAGGAUGAAAUCCCACUGAAAAUGCUCAAGAAGACCCAAAAGAAGGCUGAUCAGGAGAUAGAUAAGAAGCAGUCAAAUGAGAAAAAUGGUGGCGAUGCCAUUGAAUUCAUAAACAUUGAGAAAAUCUUCGUGAAGACAGAAGGAGGCAGUGAUGAGGAUUACGAGGAAUCAGAAGAUGAUGAUGAUGAUGAAGAAGAGGUGGAUACGGUGAAGAGAAAGAAGCCCAGAGCUUCAUCUUCGAAGAAAGUUGCAGCAGCAGCAGGUUCAUCUUCCAGUAAAAAUGUUCCACAUAUCGUGAAGCAAUCCGGAGGAGUUACAGUGUAUCAAUGCAGCAAAUGUCCCAAGACUUAUGCAAGACCCAGUCGCCUGAGGCGUCAUUUCCGGAAGCAUACAGGAGAUGUUCGGGUGCGUUGGUUCAAUUGCAACAUUUGCCAGAAGCAAUUUUCCACCGAGGAUAAGCUCAGUAAGCACAUCGUGAGGCGUCACAAAGAGAGUGUAAAUACUGUUUUGGAUGCUGUAGCUGUGAGGGAUGAAGUAGCCUCUGCCCAAGCAGCUGCAAAGGCUGCCGAAGAAGCAAUGAUUCAGGCAGCUGCAAUGGCAAGUCCAAAGAAUCUGAUCACACCAGAUGAUGAAGAAGAAGAAUUCAAGCCUGAAUUGGUGCAGGUAAAAGUGGAGAAUUUCUAUGAUUCCUACGAUGAGGAACCACCCAUGGAGACCAUCAUUCCCAAAAUGGAAGAUGAUAUCGAAGUGGCGCCGGUUAAAGUGGAGGACAGGGACGUUGAAAUUGAUGACUAUGAUCACUUUGGGGAUCAUUUUGGGGAUAAUUACGAUGAUAUUGAUGAAAAGGAUGAUCUCCCUGAGUCUUUCAAUGAGAACCAGGAAUCUUUCAACAAGUCCAGUUCCUUAGUGUCCAACAAAUCCCGCGCAAAUGAUUCCUUGAAUGAUGAAAAGUUUCCAAUGGUGUCGGAAAAUGACUUUUCCGGAUCGGAAAUUAUUGAUUGUUCGCCACUUGGGAGAGAUGCAAAUGACUUUUUGGUGGACACGGAAAUUGAAUCGUUGAGUCCAAUAAUGUUUGACGAGCAGGAGGAUGAUAAUCCCAAGUCAAGGCUUUACAAAUGCUCCUACUGCCCCCGAACAUUCGUGGUGCGUGAAAACUUUGCCAAUCACAUGGUUUAUCACACGAAGAAGGAGAAACCCUUCCCGUGUGAGCAGUGCGAUGAACAGUUCGUGACGCAGGGAACACUCUACUAUCACAUUGAGAGUAAACAUCUGAGGCCUCGCUGUGAGGUGUGCCACGAGGAAACGGGCAAUCUGAAGGACUUCCUGAAGCAUCAGCGGAUGCACACGAAGCGCAUUAGGUACAAGUAUGUGUGUGAGUUGUGUGAGGAGAGAUUCCCGCUGAAGCCACAAUUGAAGAAGCACAAGGAGGAAUUGCAUGGAACGGGUUAUCUCAAGUGUGCUCACUGCCCAAUGACCUUUUCCAAUGCUGUCUUCUUCCUCUGUCAUGCGACUGAAUUCCAUGGAGAUCCCAAGCCCUUCCGGUGUGAUUUUUGUAGUUUUAGAACAAACAAAAUCAACCACCAGGCUAUCCAUUUGCGGACGCAUUUGAAUGAGUUCCCGUACAGAUGCCUGGAUUGUGUGAAGUUGUUCAGGGAGGAGAAGGAUCUGAUGGAGCAUAUGAAGGAUCAUGAGGAGAAUAAGGUGACCAAGUAUAAGUGUGACAAGUGUGGAAAGUGUUUUAGCACCAACAGCAACCUCCAUAGGCACAUGAAGAAGUACUGCAAGAUGUUCAAGUGCCCAAGCUGCGAUAAGGUCUUCAGUACUCAGCAGAGUUUGCAGCAGCAUCAGAUUUGUCACAGUGAUGCACGUCCGUUUAAGUGUGAUGUCUGUGGGCAGGCUUUUGCACGGCCAGAAGCUGCUAAGAUUCACAUGCGCAUCCAUACCAAUGAUCGACCGUAUCCGUGCAGGAUCUGUGGCAGGACAUUUAUUUCGUCAUCCAGGAGGGGAAAUCAUGAGAAGCAUCAUCUGGGGGAUACACUGAGGUACAAGUGUCGGAUAUGCAAGAUGGGAUUCACGCUGGCUAAGGACCGUGAUGAACACAUGGAAGUGCACGAGAGGAGAAAGAGGACUCUGCAGUGUGCAAUGUGUGAUCAGAAAUUCCUCCGGAAGCCCAAAUUAGUCAGGCAUCUGAAGUUGCAUUUGACCGUUGAGGGCAAGAGGAGACUGAGGAGGAAGUAGUCUAGGAAUAAAAUGGUAAAAUAAGUGAAUUUAGCCAUGAAAAUUGGAAAAUUGUUGGUCAGAAGAGAUUUUCUCAACAGUGUGUUCCAUCCCCACAAACAGAUGGCGCGCACAGCGCUCUGAAUUUUUUGACAUCAAACUUUCCUCUCGCAGAAUAUUCUUCAAAAUAAUAAAUAUUUGCAAAUAGCAUAGUAAAAA